CUUCGCCGCAACCCCGAGUCUGAAGACCCCCAAAAGUCUCGCCUGCCUCCACGACGCUGCAUUACACGACCACUACCGACCAUGGACCUUCACGAAGUACAGAACGCGACUGCGCGCUUCUUCACUGAUGCCAAUGCGCAUUUCAAUCGUAUACCCGGCUCCGCCAUUGCCGUUCGCUACAUCAAGUCGAGUUACCAGGACGAUCCUGUCCGCAGCGCGAUUGAGCUGUUCUUGUUCUUGUUCGCUGUCAGGUAUCUACUUGCGCCCAAGUAUAGCACGCAGAAGAAGGUGCAGCUUUCAGAUGCGGAGAUCGACGAAUUGGUCGACGACUGGACACCAGAACCGCUCGUCGCAGCACCUACGGCCUUUGAAGAACUCGACAAUGAGAAGAGGCCUGUCAUCGUCGGACCAACCGGCCCCAAAUCCAAACUCAGCAACGGCCGCACAGUAACCAACCUCGCCUCGUACAACUUCUACAAUUUCCUCUCCUCCGAAGCCCUCAAAGAGAAGGCGAUUGCUACUCUGCGCACGUACGGCGUCGGGCCCUGCGGACCCCCCGGCUUCUACGGCACGCAGGAUGUUCACAUGAAGACUGAGGCCGACGUCGCGGCUCACCUGGGUGUUCCAGCAUGCAUCAUCUACGCCCAGUCGUUCAGUACAAUUUCGAGUGUGAUCCCGAGCUUUAGCAAGAGAGGAGAUAUCAUUGUCGCGGACAAGGCGGUCAACUAUGCGGUCAGGAAGGGCAUGCAGAUUUCGAGGAGUACUGUGAGGUGGUUCGAGCAUAAUGACAUGGAAGACCUAGAGCGCGUACUGCAGCGAGUGGUAAAGGAGCAGGCAAAGAAACCGCUUACGAGGCGGUUUAUCAUCACAGAGGGGCUGUUUGAAAACAUUGGGGAUGUGGUGGAUUUGCCAAAACUGGUCGAACUCAAACUAAAAUACAAAUUCCGCCUCAUCCUCGACGAGACAUGGUCCUACGGCGUCCUUGGCCGCACCGGCGGUGGCGUAACCGAAGCCCAAAACGUGUCCGCAACCGAAGUCGAUAUGGUCAUUGGCUCUCUCUCAGGCCCCCUUUGUGCUGCAGGUGGUUUCUGCGCAGGCAACGAAGAAGUCGUCGAGCAUCAACGGAUUUCUUCAGCGUCAUACACGUAUUCGGCUGCAUUACCUGCCUUGCUUUCAACAACUGCGAGUGAGACGAUCAGUCUCCUCCAGGAACAGCCCGAGAUUUUGACAGCGCUGAGAGAGAACGUAAAGGCCAUGAGGGCACAGUUGGAUCCGAGGAGCGAUUGGAUUCGGGUGUCGAGCACGGCUGACAAUCCAAUGAUGCUCCUUGUUCUCAAGCAGGAAGUCAUCGAGGCAAAGAAGCUCAGCAUAGAUGACCAGAACCAGGUCUUUAGAGACGUGGUCGACGAGUGUCUCGCAAACGGCAUCCUCAUCACUCGCCUCAAAGCCUUUCCUCUCGGCCUUGGACUUAAUCCCCGCGACGCGGGCUGGCAACCUACUCCUGCCCUGAAGGUAUGUGUGACGAGUGGAUUGACGAAGAAGGAAACAGAGAAGGCGGGCAUUAUUAUCAGACAUGCUGUUACUAAGAUUGUGGGGCGGAGGAGGUAGAAUUACGUCUGAGAUGAAUACUAUUGACGAGGGGAAGGGGGGAGCAUUGGGUGGCGUUCUUGAAAUGAGGAGAUGUUUAGGAUGGGGGCGGCGCUUGUUUCGCUUCCUUGUAUAGAUAACUGUUUGGCUGCUAGAUGGCUUGUGUAAUGCUUAAUACUGAUCCCGUGAACGAAGGUGUAUAUUUGUUUGUCUUGGAAACUCGGUUUGGUGCCGUGACUUCCGCCUGGUGUGUGGGUCGCGAAUGUAUCGUUGAGGUCACCACAGGCCGGUUUUCGAUGACCGCCAGCUGCGCAUGUACCAUGAAUAG